UAGUGUUGGGAUUAUUCGAACAAAGGUAGUCACGUUGAUACCUCUCUAUUGCAGCAAUAUUCGCCGUCAAUACUUCCGUGUGGUAAAACUUCCAACAGUGAAUUUCAUCUUCUCAAACCAGGGGAAAGACAGAUUCUGAAGUUUUAUUCAGACCUAUUUGCCGUUUGGCGUGAUCAAAGCGCAGCCCAGAGGCUCGUCAAAGGAGACAACAAACGCAGUUUGCGAGAGUGAUCUGUAUCAUCCACUCUGCCAAGUGUCCGGUAUCGUGUCCUAGUGUCAUGCCUACCUCCCUUGUGCACCAUGCAUCUUGGCUGGUACUCGACAUUCUAGUUGUGUCGUUGCCUGCUUGUUACUCCCAGAAUGAACGAGUUGUGCGUCGGGUUACACCACCCUACGCGCUUAGUUUCUACUUAUGUGAUAUUUCUUGCUCGGCAACCGCAGAGGGACUUACUCAGGGCAAUUAUUAUCGCACCCUGACAUUAAUCGAUGGACGACUCUUCGUGGGGGGAAAAGCUCAGCUGUUUUCCUUCGAUACCACCAACCUGAACACGAUUGAAUCCGUUCCUGUCGAAGGAUCGUGCGUCGAUGCCAGUCUCUGUGAGGAUAACUACAUUCGUGUGAUCCAAGAGCUACCGAACGGAAAUCUGCUCGAGUGCGGUACCAAUAAUGCCAAUCCCUACUGCCAACAGAGGUCAACUCAAAAUUUAUCGUCAAUCGGACCCAUGACCUCAAUAGACCGAGCAGCUAGUAUCGUGCCCUUUAUCUGGAACCAGAAUUCUACUGGCUGGUUACUCACCGACGAUCUUAAAAUAUUGGUUGGAGCUGAGUUGCAGCUAAUAGCUGCUGCUCCAGGAAGACCGGCAAUCUCCAAGUCAGUGCUACGGCUGGAUUCAUCUCAGAAUUUGAUGAGCAUAAGUGUGGCUCUAUCGACUAAGGAUGAACUCACUGUUUUAUAUGCAAAUGGUCCGCCAAAUCAGCAGUUUGUUGGGGACCCUAUCAGCUAUAAUGGACGGAUCUAUUUCUUUUUCCGCGAAGUGGCCGCCGAGUUUGUCGUUGAUAGAGCUAUUUAUUCAAGAGUCGCUGUCAUAUGCGAGGAUGAUUCAGGAGGUAAAGAAUUCAAUGAACGAUAUAGCAACAAAGACCUCGUGACUUUUGUAAAGGCGCGGUUGGAAUGUUCCACAGGCACAUCAUUUCCAUUCCACUACAAUGAAAUACAGGAUAUUUACUACUCCAAUGACUCCAAAGUUGUGUUUGCAGUUUUUGCUACACAGCCACCUGAAGUGGCAAGUUCUGCAGUCUGUGCCUACCGUUUGGAUGAAAUCGAGGCUCUGUUUCUCAGUACGAGUAAAUUCAGGGCGCAGUUUAGUGAUGGCGAACUCUGGAGGGAGGUAGACACAGACCCUGUGACUUCAAGACCUGCACAGUGCCCAGAUACUACCAGUUAUACCGAUGCCCAGUACUCAGACAUACUUGGUAAGAUGCAGCUUAUGUUUGAUACAGCUGCCAACAAGCUUCACUAUGAGAGCCUAGGUGGCGCUAGAAGCAACCCGCUGCUCAUGAUAGACGGAGAACGUUUCACACAGAUCGUUGUGGAUGAAAAUGUCACCCACAACACGGAUGUUAUGUUUAUUGGUACAGAAAAAGGGACGGUUUUGAAGGCUUACCUGAAAGACGACCGAUCAGAAGCCAAAGUCGUGGAGGAGAUUAUAUUGAAACCACACAGACUAACCCCCGUAUUGACCAUGCUGAAGAGCUUUGCUGAGCAAUCAGUGUUUGUUGGAACCGACGAAGGUGUUUACAAAGUUCCAUUCCAGCAUUGCAGAGACUAUGCAUCGCUCCAGAGCUGUGUGGAUGCUCAAGAUCCGUACUGCAGCUGGGAGAAUGGAACGUGUUUGUAUUCAAGAUUUCCGGAUAUCUGCCCCCCAACACCGUGCAACGAAAGUAGAAUCAUCAUCCACAAUUGUCCAAGUUCGCAAGUCAGCUAUAUUCGACACCUGCAUUUCUCCAACCAUCCCUUACACCUGUACGUAACGGCUGAAGCUGCCAGGAAGGACAAUCUUAGUAUUGUGGACAAUGAAAUCACUUGCCAUCCGUGUGCCAGUUUGCCGUACACCGAAAGCAGAUCCGUCAGUACGUGCAGGGAGUUUCUGGCCUUGCACAUUAACGGAUCAUCCACGGAGCGCGAGAACUGUUCGUGUUCUCUGGUCCUGGAGAUAGAAUGCGGCGCGACCAAGACAAUCAAUUUCAACAUCACUGUGGAUGACUCCGAUCCUGUCUUGGACACAGAGUGCCUUGAAGAUGUUGCGGAUUUUGAUUGCGAAAUUUCGCGCUAUAAAUUUCAGUUCGACAAGUGGAUCUGUAAUCAGGCUAAGUCUUGUGGCUUAGAGGAGCUUCAUUCUUGCAAAAAAUGUCCUUGAACUCCAAGGCAAUGAUGUAAUUUUUACCACCGACUGAUGCUUGAGCUAAACAAGGUUUUGCGCCUUCCUGACUUAUCAGCAGCCACAUUUGUUGUACUGAGAAAUCUGUGAUAAGAAUCCUCAAGGUAGAUUUUGUAUAUUUUUGAUAUAUUCUGUUGCUUAAUAUAAAACAAGUAUCUUGUCCUUAUGAUGUGACCCUUAUUAAUUAAUUAAUGGUAGCAUUGCAGCUUUCUCACGUAGAGGAAUUAUUUUGUAACUGUCCAUCCAAUAUAGUUGAAAACCUUUGAGAUAUAAAUUUGACUACGUAUCAUUUCCAAAAAUUUGUACAUUUCAUUUUAACUAAUGUAACUCGUCAGUAGAAGGUCUUGUAGGUUACAUGUUGUUCGCAUUCAUAUACUUUAUUUGGUAAUGCUGCUUUUAAUGACAUAAAACAGGAUUUUUGGAUUGUUACAAUGAGUACGUAUGGUGGAACCCAUCGUGACAUUGACUGUUACAUUUGAUGACACAAAGACUAUGUUGACAAAAAUGCCCCCUUUAUCAGUUCUUAGGCUCGCCAUACACGUAGAUUAACUUUCCGAGGAGUUUCCUUAAUAUUGUUAUUGAUUUUUUGUUGAUACAUUCUGGUUGGUCGUUGACCGUCACCAGUUUUAAUCAGCAAGCGUCAUUUGUUUUGUAUGCUAAUCGAACAAGGUUUGUUGAAAUCAAGAUGGCAACCCACUAAUCGUCUUAAGUCGAGAUGGGGGGAUUUUCUCAUUCGAGUAUUGGAACUUAGAAUUAAAAAGAGUACUUAUUUUUCAUUGGUUUAAAUUAUCACUCUAAGAUUGUCAUCCAAAAAUGUGGGCGUUUAAAUUUAUUUCACAGAUUUCUUGACUAUGAUUAGGUAGUGCCAGGUUUUUUGGCUGGAUGGAAAGGUUGGGUCUUUAUGAUGAGUUUUGUACUUUAUUGACUCUCAAUCGCGAAAAAAAUUCAUUCAAAAAAAAUUGUAAAAAUGAACUCGAGAAAUGUAUCUCGUAAAAACACAGAUAUAUUUUGAAAAUCCCUUUAUAUUUUGGAAAAAUCGUUAUCACAGACCUUUUUUCUCAAUCCUUAAUGGAAUAUAUUUUUUCCACUUAUUAAUAAAGAGAUAUACUUUUCAAUUACGUUUUUAUGAGAUAGUGAAACAAACUUGAAAAUAUACAUCUCAUAAAAACGAACUUCGACAAAAUAUACUAUACUGUUUUAAAUAGGUAUAUAAUGCCUCUAUUGGAAUCAUAGUUAAAAAUUAAUGCCUUUGUACAUUUUAUUCCUUUUCAGCUUGUGGUGGUGGCUUAAUUAUUAACCGUGUAUACUGUACUAUUUGUCAAAACAGGAGACGCGUAAAUUAAGCUAGUUAAUUAUAGACAGUUUCAGUCAUUUGAGUAGUGUGAUUUAGUUUGUCUUGUCGACUGCCUCUGUUGUAUUGCUGAUAUUGAUAUUAGUUAGUUCAGCUUGUGGAACCGUAAGCCCUCUUUAGUUUUAUGGAACAAACAUAAGUUGUCUAUAAGUGCAGAAAUCAAUUGUAAUUGGAGUAAAUUUGAUAAACGUAUUCGUCAAAGGACUUGGAGGACACUUGUGGAACCACUGUAUGGGUGCACUUAGUGGAGCUGGUAUUGUGAAGAUGCCUGAUCUUGUUCGUUCAAGGACACGUCUAUAACCACUUAUUUUUUGAAUUGUUUACAAUAAUACAUUUUCCGGGAUUAUUUUAGAUGCUGUAGAUUAUAGCCUAGGGCUCUUAAAGAAGAAAAGCCACAUUUAAGAGGCUGUGGAAUAGCCUCUAUGAUGCCAAAUGAAAAGAGGCUUAGGUAUUGCCCGGUUUUAUUUAAGAGGCUGUGGAGUGUUGUUUAAACAAGAGAGGUAUACAUUUUUGUGGUGUGGUUUAAGACGCUGUGGAUUAGCCCAGUGUUGUUUUAAAUAACAAAGAUUUAGGUAUCACCCGGUGUAAAUUAAGACAUUGUCGAUAAUUCUUGUGUUAUUAAAUUUAAAGUGUUACCAAUA